AUGAAUAUUUGGCCUUCCCUCUAUCCGAGUGGCGUCGAACGUUGUGUUAGUGAAGUAUCGUUAUUGUGUUGCAAACAAAAUGGAGAAGAUAGGAUUUAUAUCGCUCAUUACGCAGUUUAUAAUUCAUCCGUUGUGAUUGAAGCUGAUCGCUGUGUCAUGCAAUUAUCAAAACGUGAUCCAUUUACAAGAUCAAUGAUCAGUUAUAAAAUGACUGAUCCGUUUGUUCAUCCAUUUCUCAACUAUCUGCGUAAUCAUCUUUGGCGUCAAGAGUAUGAUUAA